AUAAGAGUGUCGUAAGAACAUUUUCUUCCAUCCUUUUUUCAAGUAUCAUUGUGUUUUCUGUUUAUUCAUUUACAAUGAUGAAUUUCAAAUGUUUUGUUUUUCUCAUACUUCUGGCUGGUGUGAUUCUCAUCUCUGCAGUGGAGGCCGAUGAACCAGAUCCUGAUCCACCAAGUCCAAAGAUAAGCGUCUAUGAAGAGCUUAAGGGGUGUUACAAGCAUGAAAAAGGUGGAAGAAAAAUGAUUUUGGAGUCAAUUCAUGAUGGAAACUGCAAGGAACAAGGAGGCGAAAAGUAUGGUGAUAGUGAAUUUGGUGGCAUUGGUGGAGGUGUCAGUCAAGGAGGAGGUAUUAGAGGUGGCAUAUGGAGAGGUAGGGAAAAAGGAGGUGGAAGUGGUAGUGAGGGAGAAGAUUAUGGUGGUGGAGGAAGUGGAAGUGGAAAAGGAAGAGAAUGUGGUGAUAAAGGCUGUAGAAUUGGAGGAGAUUAUGGUGGUGGAGCAAGUGGUACUGGUAAAGGCAACGAAAGUGGAGGAGAUUAUGGUGGUGGCAAAGGCGGUGGUAGAAGAGGAGAUUAUGGUGGUGGAAGUGAAGGUGGAAGUGGUAGCAGAGGAGAUUAUAAUGGUGGAGCUAGUGGUGAAAGUGGAGAAGGUGGUGGUAAAUGUGGAGAUUAUGGAGGUAGAGCAGGUGGUGGUAAAGAAACUGGUAACGGAGGAGAUUAUGGUGGUGGAAGUGGUAGAGGUAACAUAGAAGAUUAUGGUGGUGGAGGUAGUGGCCAUGGAUUCGGUGGUGGAAGUAGACGAGACGACGAUGAAAGUGGAGAAGGUGGUGGAAGCAAAUGAGAAGAAUGAGGUUAUUAAUGCAAUGGUACAUGAGACUUCUAUGAUUUAUGGAAAAUAUAAAAAUAGAAUAUAUACUCUAUUCAAAUUUCUUUUAUCCUUAAACAUAAGUAAUAAUUACAGUA